UCUGCAUAUUCAGCAUGGCUCUUCUCCUGUUAUUGACAGCUCAUUUUAUCUGGCUCUGCUCAGGGCACCAAGGGGCCCCAGACCUCCCGGGGAGGAUCGCUGUUGUUGGUGCUGGAGUUGGAGGAUCAGCUGUCACCUACUUUCUACAGCAGCAGUUUGGCCCCCAGGUGCAGAUCGAUGUAUUUGAAGCUGAUCGUGUUGGGGGCCGAUUGGCCACGCUAACAGUCAAUAACCAGCAGUAUGAAUCCGGAAGCCUGUCAAUCCAUUCGCUGAACCUUCACAUGCAGGACUUUGUUAAACUUCUGGGACUCAGGCACCGCAGAGAAGUUGCUGGGAAGAGUGCCAUAUACAGUGGAGACCAGCUAGUUUUGGAGGAGACGGACUGGUACCUCUUGAACCUUUUCCGACUAUGGUGGCACUAUGGAAUCAGUUUCCUCAGGCUACAGAUGUGGGUGGAGGAAGUCAUGGAAAAGUUCAUGCGGGUAUAUAAGUAUCAGGCACAUGAAUAUGCAUUCUCCAGCAUUGAGGAGCUUCUGCGUUCACUUGGAGGAGAGCAUUUUGUGAACAUGACACAAAAAUCUGUUGCAGAAUCUCUACUGGGUAUUGGUGUGUCACAGCGAUUCAUUGAUGAUGUCAUCGGCGCAGUAAUGAGAGCCAGCUAUGGGCAAACAGUGGCCAUCCCAGCCUUAGUGGGGGCCAUGUCUUUGGCAGGAGCACAGGGGAAUAUGUGGGCUGUGGAAGGAGGUAACAAACUGGUGUGCUCGGGCCUGCUGAAACUCACGAAAGCCAAUGUUAUUCAUGCCAGGGUGACGGCCGUGUCUCUGCACAAGUCAGGAAAGAGGCCCCUGUAUGAAGUACGGUACGACCAGGAUGGGACACUUGGCUCAGAAUAUUAUGAUCUAGUAAUUGUGGCCACACCGCUCCAUAAGGGUGGUUACCCCAUCUCAUUUUUAAACUUUCAGCCUCCUAUCCAGGAGCCUACGGCCCCUUAUCAUCGAGUAGUGUCCUCCAUUGUGCACGGUUAUCUAAAUUCUUCCUAUUUUGGCUUCACAGAUCCCAAACUCUUCCCAUUCUCUAGUAUCCUAUCCACAGACAGUCCAGACUCGUUCUUCCACGGUCUAGAAAAUCUCUGCCCGGUCAACAUAUCAGUUGGCUUCAGAAGAAAGCCACCGCACGAAGCAGCGGUUUGGAGGGUGUUAUCCUCUCGUCCUUUAGACCGACGCGAGCUGAAAACCAUAUUUAAGUCCUACUACUCUGUACAAGUAAUAGAAUGGCAGGCGUUCCCCAGCUAUGGAGCCACAGGCUCUUCCCGAUCGUUGCCCCCAAUUGUGCUGCACGAUGGCCUUUAUUACCUGAGUGGCGUGGAGUUGGCUGCUGCCUCGGUGGAAAUGAGUGCAGUGGCAGCUAAAAACGUGGCCUUGUUAGCCUUCAAUCGCUGGUUUGAACUGACAGAGAAAAUAGACCAGCCAGAUUUACUGCACAAACUGAAGACUGAGUUAUAAGAUUUGGAUUUCACAUCACAAAGUUCCCAAUGGGAUUCUGUAGGUGAAACUGACAAAGCAUGAAGCACAGUGGCUCCCCAUCUCAGUCUCUGUAUAAAAGCAUAUCAUUGCCUGGACUCAAUUCGCACUGAGACAAUGGAAGUGUUUCUUAAAUAUUACCAUUGGUCAACCAUACACAUUUUGUUAACUCAAAACCAUAUUUUUUUGCUGUAAUUGACUUCAUUAUGGAUGCAAAUUUGUACAUUUUUUAAAACCAAACCUGAUUGAAUUGGAAAAAAAUAAAGAAUCAGGAGGGCAA